ACACUCCUUUAUCAAGGGGUUGACCAGGAAACACUACGAUAAAAUGUGUAUAAAUAUUAUAUGACAUAGAGAUGCGUCUGCUUUCCUGCAUUUCUCACAGUUAAUAUCUUGUAGUUGUUCUCGAGAACUGCCCACCAGCUGUAGGUUUCAUUUGUGCAUCAUCACUUUCGUUCUCAUUUCAGCUUAAUCACAGCCACCGAACGUCAACAGCGUAAACUACUACAACCGUACAAAUGUCUCGUAACAACAGCGAUCAGAUGAAGGACAUUUUAAAUCCGACAGAUAACAGUGGAAACGCUGAACCGCCACAAAAAGAUGGGCCUUCAAAGCAGCGCUUACAUAGUGAUACUGGAGACGAAGGGACCACACAUAGUAUGUCUGGAAGAGCAGAACAUGUGGGACACCAGGGGGCCAUGCAUACCCUCAGGUCACUCAACAAAAUGCCAGACUGCUUAAGGGGUCAGCUAAAUCAGCUAUCAAACAGCCCAGAACACACAGUACUGAUAGACACAGUGUGUUUCCGAGCUGGUCUAAUCGCCCCUUACCAAAGACAUCACGUUUGGGAUGCCUCCCAUGUUAAGUUACCACAUAUUUAUCAACCCCCUGCUGCUCACCAGAGUUCCCAUAAGAGUUCCCAUGACACUCACCACGCACAACCCUCUCGCUGGCAAGUCACUCAGACAGUGUUGAACAAACUCAAAGGCAAUUUCUCUAUUGGGGAUAUUCAGACUGCAAUUAUGGCGUACAAUUCCAGCUAUAAGAAAAUCUGGACUUUCGAAGCACUUCAAUAUUACGGCCAGAAAGUGAACUCAAUGGACAAUUGUCUGAAUACGGUGAUCCCUAAAAUGGCUAAACUAGCUCUUGAUUUACCUGAUCUCAUUCAGCAGCCCAUCCCCCUUCUGCGAAGGCAACAGUACCGGGCCAUAACUCUGUCUCAGCAGCAGAUAUCCUGUCUGUUAGCCAAUGCCUUCUUCUGCACUUUCCCUCACAGGAACAACACUAAGCAAAGCUCAGAAUACGCCAGUUUCCCGACCAUUAAUUUUAACAGCCUGUUUUGUAACCCGAUGAGAGACCAAGAGCAAGCAGUUAAAAAGGCACAGAAACUGAGAGCCAUAUUCCAUUACUUCACCACUGUGACAAGUGACAGUUCUGAUGUACCCCCACAAUCUAAACCAGAUGGUCUGGUUACUUUUGAAAGGAUCAGCAUUCCAGCCUCUCAGCUCCCUGAUUGGAAGAAUCAGAAGAAGACCCUGAAGCACCUGGAAAUCUCUUCAAAAGGGUCCAUUGAGGAAGAGGGAACAGGCAUGCUACAGGUCGACUUUGCAUGUAAAUACAUUGGUGGUGGAGUGCUGGGAUCAGGACUGGUUCAGGAAGAGAUCCUCUUCCUCAUGAGUCCUGAGCUCAUUGUGGCCAGACUCUUCACAGAGAAACUGGAAGAUAACGAGUGCCUGAAGAUCACAGGGUCCCAGGUGUACAGCUUGUAUUCCGGCUACAGCAAAUCCUUUGAGUGGGCGGGUCCAUACUUUGAUAAAACCAAGCGAGAUGAAUGGAAAAGACGUUAUCGGCAGAUAGUUGCCAUUGAUGCUCUGAACUUUAAGAACCCAAAGGAGCAGUACACCAAAGAGAACAUAAAACGAGAACUCAACAAGGCUUAUGUGGGAUUCAAGGGAGACCCGAAAACCGAUCAGGAAAACCUCCCAGCCAUCGCAACAGGAAACUGGGGCUGUGGAGCCUUCAAUGGUGACCCCAAACUCAAAGCUCUCAUCCAGUUGAUGGCUGCCGCUGUGGCUAAAAGAGACAUGGCAUACUUUACCUUUGGCAAUGAAAAGCUGGCCAAGGAAGUGCAAAUAAUGCAUCAUCAUCUGGUCGACAAAAAAGUAACCGUUGAUAAACUGUAUCAGAUACUGAAGGACUACUGUGGACAUUAUGCUCGAGAUCAUCAAGCAAAAGACCUGUACAGAUACGUCAGUGAAAAGACUGGGUCUAAGCAUAGCCUACUGUAAACCUGGUGACUAAAACCAAUAAGGCCAUGCAAAUUCAUUAUCUUCUGCAGUUUCAAAUGAGAAGCUGCUUGGGAUGAUGUAAGAAUGUAUCAGAUCUCUUAUGGAUCAAAAUAAUAAAGUGUCAAUACUAAUCUAUAAGCUGCUGUAAGAAAUUCUUUAAUUAAAAAGCUUUAGCCAUAUGGGGCAUUCAUAAUUUUCAAAGACAUGUGUAAGCUCUGAUAAAGGACACAUAUCACAUGUCCAUGGUUUUUUUUCUUCUGCAAAAUAAAUUCUUUUUAAUGUUA